AUGGAAAACUACACUUACAACAGCCACACACUCCAGAUAGAAGGCUUAAAUAUCACAAAGGAUUACAUUUACCCUGUCUUUUUCUUGUUGUUAAUUUUAUACAUUGUUUCCAUGGUUAUGAAUAUCGGCAUUUCAGUUCUUAUUUUUAUUGACAAGAACCUGCACCAGCCUAUGUAUCUCAUAUUUUGCAACCUGUCACUCAGUGAUGUUAUUGGAACUACUCGUGUUUUGCCUCGUUUGCUUGCAGAUAUUUUGCGGCCUCCUUCUGAGCGUCUCAUCAGUUAUUAUGGAUGUGUGGUUCAAGCUUUUCUCACACAGUUUUUUGGUACUACCUCCCACACUGUGCUCAUGAUUAUGGCCUUUGACAGAUAUGUGGCUAUCUGCUAUCCACUACGCUAUUCAACAAUAAUGACUAAUAAGAUGGUGAUGAAGCUGACAGUUUUUGCCUGGGGAGUGGCCUUUUUUUUCGUCGGGAUUCUUAUUGGUCUGACC